UCAUAACAUUGAAACUUGUGUGUCAGUUCGGGUGUGCUCGUCACUCGGUGCGCUACGAGUUUUCAAUUAUUUCAUCGAGACACAUGAAAACGUACACCCCCGCGGUCAUAGAGCAACUCUUAUGUCGAGAAAGAAACUACGUGCUUCGUUGAAAUGAGCGAGUCCGUGAAAGUGGCUGUGAGAUGUCGGCCAAUGAACGCGCGGGAACUGCAACAGGGAUGCAGGAACGUGAUAACGACCGACGCGGUGACGAAAUGCUGCACCUUGGAGGCCGCCGGAAGCGGCAAGGUGUACCAGUUCGACGCGGCGUUCGGCCCGGAGGCCACCACCGAGUCCGUAUACGAGAACGUGGGCUCGGUGAUAGUGGAGGCCCUGCUCGACGGUUACAAUGGCACGGUGUUCGCCUACGGGCAAACCGGCUGCGGGAAAUCGCACACGAUGCGUGGCUUCAUCGAGCGCGCGCUGGACCACAUCUUCGAGGCUACGUCGACGGCCAGCUCGGACAUGAGGUACCUGGCUCUGCUUAGCUACCUGGAGAUCUACAACGAAAAGUUACGGGAUUUGUUGCAAGAUGGGAACAGCGAUCUGCUGAUGCUGAAGGAAGACCCGAGCCGCGGGACUUACGUGGCCGGCGGGCUGAGAGAGGUCACGGUCAAGGACGCGGUGGAAUGCGCCCGGUUGGUGGAGCAGGGCGACAAGAGACGGGCCCUGGCGGCCACCAAGAUGAACGCCGCUAGCUCGAGGAGCCACGCGGUCCUGACGCUGUCCUUGGAGACGUUGGCCAUCAACGAUGGCAGCCAGACGGAGAACACGGUGAAAAGAGGCAGGCUUCACCUGGUGGAUUUAGCGGGGUCUGAGAGGCAGGCCAGGACCGGGGCCAGCGGAGACAGGCUGAAGGAGGCAGCCAGCAUCAAUCUCAGCUUGUCCGCGCUGGGGAACGUCAUCAGCGCGCUUGCUGCUGGACACGGGCGUCACGUGCCCUACAGGGACAGCAAGCUGACCAGGCUGCUAAGGGACAGCCUCGGCGGCAACGCCAGGACCUUGAUGAUCGCCUGCGUGAGCCCCAGCGACGUAGAUUCCGAGGAGACUCUGAGCACGUUGCGAUACGCGGCCAGGGCCAGAUGCAUCAAGAACAAGCCGGUGGUGAACGAGGACCCCAAAGACGCGCUGCUGAGACAGUACCAGUUGGAGCUGCAGCGUCUUCGUUCCCUGUUGGAAUCGAGCGAUCAGUCCACGUUGAAAGAGAUCCCUGCCCAGCCGGAGAAAGUGGACGAGGAGGAGACCAGGCAGGUGGGAUACCUGGAGGAAGUUGAAAGGCUGAAGAAGGAGUGCGAGCAUUCGAACCUGUCGGCUCAGAGGCUCCGGGAGGAGCUGGAGGCUCUGAAGUCGCGCUCCGAGGGGAUCGGGCUGAACGGGAUACCUUCCAAGCCAGUCUCCCAGGUGCCGAUCGACGAACAGGACCGAGAGCGAGAGGAGAGGCGGAAGAAGAAGCGGGAGGCGGCUAUGCAGGAGGUGCUGAAGAGGUUGGAGAAGUUGACGAUUGGGGGAGAAGAGCAAGGGAACGCGGAGCUGAGGAGAAGGCGAGAGAAGAGGAGGAAAAAGCUGGAGACUCUUGCUUCGGUCUUGGAGUCCGGCGCUCAAGAGGGCAACGGCAGUGUCUUCCAAGUCUACGGGCAACUUAGGACCACAGAGGACGCCCUCAAGAGGAUGGCGAAAAGGGUGAAGCAACUGGAGGCAGAGGCAGCCGACCUCCAAGCCUCGUGGGACGCGGAACGCCGGGACCUUCUUCGCAGAGAGCUGCUGACGUCCCAAAUAUGCGACGCCAUGGUGCCCCAUCUUCGACCCGGUUGUCCCUUUCGCGAUGUCGCUGCUGUAAGAUCGAUGGCCACCUGGUGCGACGAGCUGGGUCGCUGGCGGCUGCCAGACACCUCGCCGCAUAUCCCUCUUCCUCCGCCGUCGUUGGUUCACAAGGACAACGCGCAGUACUCCAUACCGCCUUCCAAACCUGAUCUCAACAACAAUAGCAACGGCAAAGACAUCGAAGACGAAAUUGGCAACGAGGCUGACAACGAAGAAAGCAGCGAGCAAGAGGAGACCAAGAAAAUGGACAUCGCUGAUACUUACUUCCGCAGGAACAGGAUUGACAAGCUGCUGGCUCAUGUUAGGGCAGCCAAGACUUUCGACUCCAGCAGUCGAAUCAGCAGAUCCGGUGGCUCCGAGGAAACGAUACCAAUGGGUGCCAGUUACCUGCAACUGAACGCCCUGAAUCUGCAAAGUAGUGCACCGGUGAUCGGCGACAUGGAUGCCUACAGGCCAACUCCGCGUCUGCCACUGAGUCGGUUUGGAAGACCAAGUUGGAUGUUAGAGGACGCCUCGAUGACCAGGGGUCUCUAUCCGACGGCGGUGAAAAGGAAUCCUCCUAGAAUACUGGAGGCUUUGCCUUCGUACCCGCAAGGCACAAACGGAGGGAUCAAGUUCGGGAACAAGCCUGUUGUGCCAGAGAGAAUAACCGACAAGUUGUCGACGAGGUUGAUCCAGAACGAAGCUAGUGAAAACCGACCCGCUUUGGUCGGACAUGCGAGGUCUCCUACGUAUUGAUCACGGAGAGUUCGAGAAGUUGAGAACUGAGAACAGUGAUGAGGAGGAUGUCUGUGAUAUGGAUACUCGAAUGGAAGCAACGUAUGAAAUCUGCUCGACAGCGGCGAAGACUGAUCGACGGUCUAUUUCGUGAAUGAGGAUUUCGGACAGCGGACCAAAUGUUCCUACGCAAAAUUGAUCGCGAAUGACAGAAGUAGGAAAUUAGGGAUAUCUCGAAUCGAUAAGAGUUAUUGUAUCUAUCAAGUUUGUAGAAGCGAUCGAUCACGGCGCUGCUCGCGCGGCUUCUUUUCGUCUCGGGUUCUGCAAAUAUUUGUAGAAGAAUUCCGUGUGGUGCUUCAAGGUCACGUGAAUUAUCUCACAAAGAUAUCUAUACGAGAUCGUUCAACUUUUUCGUCGAUUUAAUAGCGAAUCGUUUGAUACAACAAUUGCAACUAUUAUUGAUUUAACACCGAAUCGUUUAAUACAACAAUUGCAACGUUUAUUGAUUUGAUAUCGAAUCGUUUAAUACAACAAUUGCAACGUUUAUUGAUUUAAUACUGAAUCGUUUAAUACAACAA